AUGAACAAUUUCGGGGUCUUCGAAAUCGCGAGCGCUAAGAAGACGUCAGCACCAGGAUGGGCCUAUGUCCCUGACACGAGCGUUCAGUCCUCAUCCCUCCAACCGGCGAAUCGCAAACGUGCUAGGAACGCGCCUGGGCUUAGUAUUGGGGACUUGACCGCGCGCCAAGAAGUGAAGAUCAGAAAGGAGGUGGAGGCUCUGGGCCAGGACUGGGGCAAGGACAACACGAUACCCGUCCCCGUGCGACCUGGAAGUAGAGCCCAGGGGAAAAGCACGGCGAACGUACGCAAGAUAUUACAGUCACAGAAGACGUUCGCGAACCACCUGGACGAUUUUCUAGCGCUACAGCAGUCAGAAGCAGGCGGCGGGCCCGCGGCGGCUGGGGCUAACAGCAAACGGCCAGCUACGAACGCGAAUGCCGGCAAGGGCCAGAAUGUCGGCAACGACGAAGACUCACACAUGCUGGACGUGGAUGACUCAAGUCGCUUGCCUCCCAUCUUGGAGCCGUUCCACGGACCAGAGGCCUCUGGCGACAACGAUGCACCCGCCGCGCCACUCCCUGGUGACAACGACCCCCUCCUCGUAUCAAGGGUACCCGAACCUCCAUCCGAUGCGGAGCUCCGACAGUUGCUGGACCAUCCGCCGCUCAUGUACUUGGAGGCUAGAGGCACGUACGACGCGGAUGGGCAGCCUGCGAAGCGAGUGUUUUACACAAUGGCAUCUGAGCAAGUCGAGCCCCCAAAGCCUGCCGAGGGCGCCCCCGCCCAGGAGCUGCCUUCGCGCCCAGCCAAGCAGCCCAAGGAGAAGCCCGCCAAGGGCAACAAGAAGGCCGGUCUUGAGCUGCCUGAACUGCCCGAAUACAUCCAGCACCGACUCGACCUCUUCGACAAGAUCAAGGCCAAGUACGAUGCCGAAAUUGCUGCCAAACCGCGUGACGAGAUCACCAUCCAGCUUCCCAACGGAAAGGAGGAGAAGGGCGUAGCUUGGGAGACCACCCCCGCGUCGAUUGCCAAGGGUAUCUCGAAGUCGCUGCUUGAACGCACAGUCAUCUCCCAGGUCGACGGAGAGCUCUGGGAUCUCACCCGACCCCUUGAGAAGAGCUGCAAGCUCGAGCUGAUCGACUUCGAGAAUAUCGAGGGCAAGAAGGUUUUCUGGCACUCUUCGGCACACAUCCUGGGCGAAGCCUGCGAGAGACGAUUCGGCUGCUACCUCUGCAAUGGUCCCCCUACUGAGGACCCCCCCGGUUUCUACUACGACAUGGCCAACAUGGAGGGCAAGGUCGUUGCCGAAGAGGAUAAGAAAGCACUGGAGAACAUUUCUAGCUCCAUCAUCAAGGAGAAGCAGCCAUUUGAGCGUCUCGAGAUGACCAAGGAAGAGCUUGUUGAGAUGUUCAAGUACAGCAAAUACAAGCUUCACUUCAUCAACCAGCGUGUUCCCGACGGAACCAAGAGUACAGUAUAUCGAUGCGGUCCCCUGAUCGAUCUCUGCCGUGGUCCCCACGUCCCUCACACCGGAAACAUCAAGGCAUUCUCGGUUCUCAAGAAUUCUGCUGCAUACUGGCUUGGAAACAGCCAGAACGAGUCUGUGCAGCGAAUUUCUGGCAUCUCAUUCCCCGACAAGAAGGCUCUGGAAGAAUACAAGACCUUCCUCGCCGAGGCUGCUAAGCGAAACCACCGUAAGAUCGGCCAGGACCAGAAGCUCUUCUUUUUCGACGAGGUGUCUCCUGGUUCUGCCUUCUGGCUUCCCCACGGAACCCGCAUCUACAGCUCUCUCAUGACUUUGAUGCAAGAGCAGUACCGCCUGCGAGGGUUCCAGGAGGUCAUGUCUCCCAACAUGUACAAGUCUGACCUAUGGAAGACGUCUGGACACUGGGGUCACUACGCCGAGAACAUGUUCACUUUCGAUGUCGAGAAGGAGAAAUUCGGCUUGAAGCCCAUGAACUGCCCCGGGCACUGCAAGAUCUUUGCCCACUCAGACAUUACCUACAAAGACCUCCCCUGGAGGAUGGCAGAUUUCGGUGUCCUUCACCGUAAUGAGUUCUCCGGUGCCUUGUCUGGACUUACUCGAGUUCGCAGAUUCCAGCAGGAUGAUGCUCACAUCUUCUGUACCGUAGAGCAGAUUCGCGAUGAGAUCGAAGGCGCCUUCGACUUCCUGUAUGCUGUGUACGGCCUCUUCGGAUUCCAGUUCAAGCUGAAGCUCUCUACCCGCCCAGAGAGCUUCAUCGGAGACAUUGCUGUCUGGGACAUGGCUGAGGACAAGCUGAGGCAAGCUCUCGAUUCCUUCGUCGAGAAGAUUGGCAGCAAGUGGGAGGAGAACCCCGGUGACGGUGCCUUUUACGGUCCCAAGAUCGACAUCACCGUCUAUGAUGCUCUGAAGCGUGACUUCCAGUGCGGUACCAUCCAGCUGGAUUUCAACCUGCCCAAGCGCUUCAAGCUUCGCUACGUCGCUUCCAAGGACGAGAAGCUGGCCGAGAAGUCAGCCGAUGAUGACGACCUGCCAACCGGCUACGGCCGUCCCGUCAUGGUUCACCGUGCUAUUCUAGGCAGCUUCGAGCGAAUGAUUGGAAUCCUCACAGAGCACUUUGCCGGAAAGUGGCCAUUCUGGAUCAGCCCUCGCCAGGUCCUGGUUGUGCCAGUCAUGCCAGCAGCAAAUGACUACGCACAGGAGGUGGCGAAGAAGUUCUCAGAGAAGGGACUGUUCGCCGACGCCGACCUGAGCGCAAACACUUUCCAGAAGAAGAUCCGCACAGGACAGCUGGAGCAGUACAACUUUAUUUUCGUCGUCGGAGCUGAGGAAGCUGAGUCAAAGACGGUCAACAUCCGCAACAGAGACGACCAGAGCACACAAUCCAAGGGCGAGCUGAUCCCCGUCGACACCGCCUUGGAGCACCUCUUGAAACUCAAGGAGGAGAGGAGACUAGAGAACAAGUUUUAG